CUGUAUAAGGCCAUUCCAUCAAGGUGGUAGGAAAACCCUCGUCGCAUUUGCGGAAUGGUUCCAUCAUAUUCAAUGCACGGAUAGGUCCUCUAUUGGAGUUUCCGUUCGAUCCAUAUUGGAAAGUUUUUUCUUUUAUUCCAAUUUGUUCUUUCCUUCCGCCCAAAGUUCGGUUUUUGUUACGCUUGGGCUCUCCUUCUUCUCUUAUACGCACUUUGUCAUUUUACCUUUACCAUUUGGUGUCGUUGGAAAGCGCAGAGAUGGCUGAAUGGGCGAGGGCUUGCUUUCAAUCGACGUUGAAGAUUGUGAAUUCGGUGAUCGGACUUGUAGGGAUGGCCAUGAUUCUAUACUCUCUCUGGAUGGUUCGUGCUUGGUUCCGGGAAAUGAGCGAGCUCUCCCCGGGCUUCUCUGGUUCGAACCCUCCAUGGUUCAUUUUCACCUUUCUUGGACUAGGGAUCUUCUUGUGUGUGAUAACAUGCUCGGGACACAUUGCUGCUGAAACUAUCAAUGGCCAUUGUCUUUCCUGUGUAUCCUUUUCCAUUGAAGCCAAACCAAAUAUUCUGCUUAUUUUUGCUCUCUAGAAUUUGGUUGUAUUU